AUGCGAGCUCUGUCCUGCAAUGCGAGCUCUAUCAUGAUCUUUACCAUUUGGGUGAUUUUGUCGACAAUCUUUGUGACUACGCUGAGCCGUGCUGCAGAGAUGAAGCAAAACGUGAAGCGACUCAAUGUACCAUUGACUCCAAAUGUGAAACGGCUCAAUCUGAGCCGGAAUGACUUGGAAAAACUACCGGCUGAAGUCCAUGAAUAUGCUGCAGUAGAAUUGUCCCAUGGCAUCUUCUUGGGAGCUCGUGCAACAAUUAACGUCUGGGAUCCAAAAGUAAUAAAGCCGGAAGUCAGUACCUCUCAAAUUUGGGUCGUAUCAGGUGCCGGAAUGAAUAUAAACAGUGUGGAGGCCGGAGUGCUGGUCGAUUCAGUGUCUUCUCCCACCAACCAGAACGAUAGCUAUCGGACCGGCUGCUACGAUCUCCUAUGCACGGGAUUUGUACUAACAGGUAGCAAAUUUCGUCCAGGCUCUCUGCUUGAACCAUUUUCCACCUAUGGUGGAAGCCAACGGCAGAUAAGUAUAGCCAUAACGAAGGAUCAAGUUACAGGAAAUUGGUUGCUGCGCAUUGAGAACGAGAACGUAGGAUACUGGCCCAAAGGACUCUUCACUUCUCUAAGUAGCCAUGCUGAUAAAAUUCAGUGGGGCGGAGACACCAGCGAAAAUUUUGAUCCCCAAUGA